AUGUUGCUGAAACUCCUUUUCUUUGGUCUUGUGACCUAUGCAUCGGCGGCUGUGAAACUGCAAGAAGUGUUUUCGUGGAAUGUCUUGGACUGGAACUAUCCUGACGAAUAUCUAAAGCAGGAAUCCAUUCUGACUGGGGCGUUUAUUCCGGAAAAUGCCCUUCCAGUGGGCAUUGAAAGAUGGAAGAACAAGCUUUUCGUCACUGUUCCCCGUUGGCGACCGGGUAUUCCUGCGACAUUAAACUACAUUCCUUUGGACGCUCCCCACGAACAAUCACCAAAAUUAAACGCCUACCCAAGUUAUAAAGGCAACGAGUUGGGUAAUUGUGAAACCGGGUUGACCACCGUAUAUAGGAUCAAGGCGGAUAAAUGCGAUCGACUCUGGGUUCUCGACGUAGGAACGUAUGGAUAUGAUCCUAAUGUUACCAACUUAUGUCCGUAUGCUUUGAAUGUGUAUGACUUAAAUACGGAUACCCGAAUUCGAAGAUAUGUUUUCCGUCCUGAAGAUAUCCUCCCGUCAACUUUUAUUGCCAACAUUGCUCUUGAUGAAGGAGCUACUUGUGACGAUACCUUCGCAUACUUCUCUGAUGAGUUAGGAUAUGGUCUUAUUGCUUAUUCUUGGCAGGAGAACAGAUCCUGGAGAUUCAGUCACAGUUACUUUAUGCCCGACCCACUCGUCGGAGACUUUAAUAUUGCUGGCCUCAACUUCCAGUGGGGAGCAGAAGGAAUUUUCGGAAUAACAGCCUCUCCUGUUGGCUCAGAUGGUUUUAGAACACUUUAUUUCAGCCCUCUAUCAAGUCACACAGAAUUCUCUGUUUCCACGCGCAUUCUAAGAGACGAAAGAAAAGUGAAAGAGGGAUCUUUUAAUGAUUUUAAAGUGGUCGGUGUACGAGGACCUAAUGGCCACACCACAUCCAAGGUAAUGGAUGAUUCUGGAGUUGAACUAUUCAAUCUAAUAGAUCAAAAUAGCAUCGGCUGUUGGAGUUCUUCCCUGCCCCAUAAACCACAAAAUAUUGGUGUUGUAGACAAGGAUGAUGUUGGUCUGGUCUUCCCCAGUGAUGUUAAAAUAGAUGAAGAUAAGAACGUUUGGGUUAUUUCGGACCGUAUGCCAGUGUUUUUAGAAGCUGAAUUAGACUACAGUGACAUUAAUUUCAGAAUAUACACAGCCCCUCUUUAUAAUCUUAUUCAGGGAACCGUGUGCGAGCCGUCGUCACAGUUUAUUCAAACAUCCAGUCCAAUGCCAAUGUCAAAUACUAGAACAGUCGGACAAACCCCGUUAUACGGACUUUCCCUAAAAGCGCCUUCCACUCCUGUUCAGACUUCCUAUUUUUCUUCUUUUCCUCUUAACGCCCAAAAGAUAAAGUCAUACAACCCAGCUUCUUUCAGUGUUACCCCAAAGUUAGCCUUUCUCGAUAUGCCAAGACAAACAUCAUAUUCUGACAUUACGUCAAACAAAGCUGGCGUAAGCUUCUUUAACAAAACUCCUUGGUGGUCGAAGAUAAACUACUAA